UACUACCUUUGGGUGAAGACAUCACUAGUGCAGCUACAGUAUGUAUUUCUUCAUAACCAUGUUGCUUUACUGAAUAGUCAUGCAGGGUGGUGAAUCACCCUCCUCUGCCGGAGUUUCAUUGUCUUCAAGCCCUGUGGAUCUUAUUGCGACCUCUGUCUCCUCAGCAUUGUAUGAUGCAGCUACCAGCUUGGAGGCGCAGCAGGGCAAUGGUGCUCGAGCACCUCUAGCGGAAGCUCCAACAUCUGUGACGACAGAUGGCGAUCCAGGCAGUCUCGCAGACAUCAGUAAUCAGACGAGCGCUGCACCGGCUUGUACAAAUGACUCCGAAGCAUGUGCUGUUGCGGAUGCCCCGAACUAUGAGGCCUUCGAAGACACUGGGGCCUCUCUUGAUCUGAAGAUUUGGGAACUCAAAAUUGCCCAGGACUUUAUCAACGAGCUUCAUACUGCCUCCCUCGAUGACUCGAAACUCUCCCAAGCGGCAAUCAAACGUCUUCGCAACACUCCUCGCACUGCAACGCCAGAGACAAUGGAUCCAUUGUUGCGAUUAUCCAUUGAGAUAUACCUCGCAACUGAAAAUGCAUCGCAGAAGAUGUACAAUGAAAUACGGGACGCCUUCCAUCGCUGUUAUCCGAAUGACAAGCUCCUGUCAUAUGAUGAGGUUAAGAACUGCCUUGCAGAAUUGACAGGGAUCUAUCCUCUUCUGGAGGAUAUGUGUCCAAACUCGUGUAUUGCGUUUACUGGUCCAUUCAAGAAACUUGAUAAGUGUCCCCUUUGUGGUGCGGCGCGAUACGACGAGCAUAAGCUUGCUGCGAGUGGUGGGAAAGAGAAGGUUGGACGUUCCUUCUAUACCAUCCCUAUUGGUCCACAGGUGCAAGCCCUACUGCGCUCUCCGCAGACAGCGGAGCACAUGCACUAUCGCAAAGAGCUCAUUGCGCAGAUUACGGAGACCAUGAAGAAUGCACAUCCGCCUGGUUUCAUGGAAGCAUAUGAAGACAUUUUUCACGGCUCGGACUUCCUCGCGGUGCAUGAAUGGGGUGAUAUUGGUCCUGAUGACAUUCUCCUUAUGCUGUCUAUUGAUGGCGCUCAACUCUAUCAGAACAAACAGUCGGACUGUUGGAUCUAUAUUUGGGUGGUACUCAACCUCUCGCCGGACCUUCGAUACAAGAAAAAAUAUGUUCUACCAGGCAGUUUCAUUCCGGGCCCUAAUAAGCCCAAAAAUUUAGACUCGUUUCUAUUCCCGGGACUUCAUCAUGUUGCGGCGCUGCAGAAGGAAGGCUUGUCACUAUGGGAUGCAUAUGACAAUCGGACUUUUCUUGCAGCUUUGUAUGUUGCCCUUGCGACGGCCAAUAGUCCUGGUAUGGCUAGUAUUAAUGGGCUUGUUGGGCACCAUGGUGGUCAUGGUUGUCGAGUUGGCUGUCCCAUGUGAGGACGGCAUAAGGAAGGCGGUACACAUUACUUUCCUGCGGCUCUGAAGCCACAUAACUUCAACAUUGCUGGAUGCAGCCAUCCUGAUGUUGAUCUUCGGAAUCCACUCAAUUCGGACCUGCAACGUUAUAUAAGAAACCUCCGUUACGUCC